AUGAACGUUUUAGGUCUCCAAAAACGUCACCCGGAGCUCACGCAGGAAGAGGUUUUGCAGCUGGUUGAUGAAUUCCAGCAGAUUGACGUCGAUGAUAAUGGAUACGUCGACAAACAGACGGUAGUCAAGGUGCUUUCCAGUAAUGGUCGGGGAAGCUACGAUCAGAUCCGAGAAACCAUGAAGCAGGUGGACGUAGACUCCUCUGGCCACGUGGAGCUCGAGGACUUUGCUCAGCUGAUUUCGAAACUGAAAGAGGCCAAGCAGGCACCCAAGAUCCCCUCAAAGCCCAGCGGUCUGCAGGUGCCGGGCAACCGUCCCCGGGCCACCAGCAACUCUCGGAUUGUCGUCCAGGGCAAGAGCGGCGCUAUGCACGUUAUCAAUGAAGAAGAGCGUACAGAGUUCACUCGUCAUAUCAACAGCGUACUUGCUGGUGACCGCGAUAUCGAUCAUUUGUUGCCUCUGCCCACAGACACCAACCAGAUUUUUGACGACAGCCGUGACUCGUUGAUCCUGUCCAAGCUCAUUAACGAUAGUGUGCCCGAUACUAUUGAUACACGUGUUUUGAACUUCCCUAAAGGUAGCAAGCAACUGAACAAGUUCCAGAUGGCUGAGAACGCAAACGUCGUCAUCAAUUCCGCCAAGGGUAUUGGCUGUGUGGUUGUGAAUGUUCAUGCUGAGGACAUUAUCGAUGGCAAGGAACAUUUAAUCUUGGGUCUUAUUUGGCAGAUCAUUCGCAAAGGUUUGCUGGCCAAGGUCGAUAUCAAGCUGCACCCGGAGCUGUAUCGCUUGCUUGAGGAGGACGAAACCCUUGAGCAGUUCUUGCGUUUGCCGCCGGAGCAGAUUCUGUUGCGGUGGUUCAAUUACCAUCUCAAAGCUGCCGGGUGGGAUCGUCGUGUGAACAAUUUCUCGUCCGAUGUUCGAGAUGGCGAGAAUUACACUGUGCUUCUUAACCAGCUCAACAGUGAAUUGUGCUCGAGAGCACCUCUUAAAACCCGCGAUCUCUUAGAGCGUGCGGAGCAGGUCCUGCAAAAUGCAGACAAACUCGGUGCUCGCAAGUACUUGACUCCCACAGCCAUGGUUGCUGGUAACCCCAAGCUGAAUCUGUCGUUUGUCGCCCAUCUCUUCAACACCUAUCCUGGACUGGAUCCUGUCACUGAAGAGGAAAAGGUUGAUAUUGAAGACUUUGACGCCGAGGGUGAACGUGAAGCCCGUGUGUUCACCAUGUGGCUUAACUCACUGGAUGUUGAUCCCCCAGUUGUGAGCUUGUUCGAUGACCUCCGCGACGGUACAGUGCUGCUGCAGGCCUACGAUAAAGUACAAGAGGGUACUGUCAACUGGCGUGUUGUCAACAAGCGUCCUGCCGAGGGUGAAAUGAUGCCCUUCAAGGCGAUUGAGAACGCCAACUACGCAGUCACAUUAGGCAAAGAGAACGGCUUCUCACUUGUUGGUAUUGAGGGCAUGGACAUCUGCGACGGUAACAAGACGCUUACCCUUGGUCUUGUAUGGCAACUCAUGCGUCGCAACAUCGACCUGACGCUUGCAGGCCUGGCCAAGAACGGAAAGACUCUUAGCGACUCUGAGAUUCUCAAAUGGGCUCACGAAAAGAUCCGUAAGGGCAACAAGUCUACCACGGUUCGCUCUUUCAAAGAUGCUUCCCUUGCCGACGGACGCUGGCUUCUCGAUGUCAUCCACGGUAUCAAACCCGAAUACGUUGAUUAUGAUCUGGUGGGUGACGAUGCCUACGAUAACGCUAAGCUCGCUAUUUCUGUUGCCCGUAAACUCGGUGCCCUCAUCUGGUUGGUUCCCGAGGAUAUCAACGAGGUUCGCAGCAGACUGAUUCUGACGUUUGUUGCGUCUCUUAUGUCACUAGAAAAAUAA